AAAAAAAGUCGCCACCAAAUAAGGGUCCAUGCAAGCAUAGAAACUCUUCCUCCUCCAUUCUCAUUCCGCUCCUUCAUUCCACUCCUCCAUUCCACUCCUCCACCCUCCUCUUCUCAUUGCAGACCCACUCUCCACCUGUCUUCUUCCUUCCUUCUUUACCGCCUCUCUCUCCUCUUCUUCCCUCCCUGCAUAUCUUUUCAUCUUUCAUCUGUCAUCCUUCAUCUUCCAGUCCUACUUUCUGAUCCGUCGUCGUUAAGAAAAACAAAGACGCUUUCAUUCUAUCAGGGCAUUUUGCUCCCCUUUGCGUCGGGUCCAGCAAAAACAAACACAAACAAGGACACACACACACAUCUCCCCCUCUUUACAGCAACCACAACUGCGAUCUUAACGACACUCACUCCCCGCGCAAUGAACGUCGGAAACAACAGUACCGGCACUCCUACCAGUGUCAACAACGUCACCAAUAUCUCCAUCAAGGCGUUCACCUCCUCACUGUUAUUCAACGGCGCCAUUGGUAUUGGGGUCUUUGUCGCCUUUUGUAUCGUACGGCAUUGGAGUAAGAAGAUCUAUCAGCCAAGGACAUACCUUGUCACCAAAGACAUUCGAUCCCCGGAACUACCCCCGGGCAUCUUCAGCUGGAUCACGGCCUCGUUCAAAGUCAAGGAUACAGAACUACUGGAAAAAGUUGGCCUUGAUGCAUACAUGUUUCUGAGAUUCCUCCGGAUGAGCGCGAUGUUCUUCGGAGGUUGCUGUGUGCUGUCGAUGCCUAUUCUGAUUCCAUUGAACAUGGGGGAUGGGAUCAUCAAGCCAGGAGAAGGAGGACUGGCGAGCAUGAACAUUGGUAACGUCAAAGACUCUUGGCGCCUCUGGUUCCAUCUCACGUUGACCUAUAUCUUUACUUUGGCGGCGAUCUUACUGCUGUGGCGAGAGAUGCGCGAAUACACACGCCGCCGCCAUGCCUAUUUGAUGAGCGAGAAGCACACGAAGACACCCCAGUCAACCACCAUCCUCAUCACCGCAAUCCCAAAGGGUCUUAACACGGAGGAGGCACUUUACAACAUUUUCAACCGGUUUCCAGGGGGCGUCUCCAAGAUCUGGUUGAACAGGCACCCAGAAAACCUCACGAAGCUGUGCAAGGAGCGGGACAAAGUUGUGAAGCAUCUGGAGAUGGCAGAGUACAACUAUAUCCGAUCUGCCUAUGGCAAAAAGUCCAAAAAGGAUCCAGAGAUCAAGGAACCACAGCGCCCUAUCGGCAAGACAUCCACCAUUCCCUGCUUGGGAGACAAAGUCGAUCUCGUUGAAUUUUACGCCGAGCGACUCUGCCAAUUGAACCAGCAAAUUCAGCAGGCCCAACAAUCGGGAUCAGUCGAAUCACUCAACUCGGCCUUCAUCCAGUUUCGCAGCCAAUUUGCAGCCCAUAGUGCAGUGCAGACAGUCGUCCACCCCACACCGUUCAGGAUGACGCCCAUGUAUGCGGAGAUCUCGCCUCUGGACGUUGUGUGGGACAACAUGGACUUGAACACGCUAGUCAGAAAGGGACGAUCCAUGGUGAUCCUCGUUUCUUCUACGGUUAUGAUCUUGCUGUGGACCAUCCCCACUAUCGUCAUCUCUUCGCUUGCGACAAUGUCCGAUAUUGUCAACGUGUUUUCAUUCUUGUCUUUUUUGGAGGACCUCCCAAGUGGGGUACUGGGUGUCGUCCAAGGUGUCUUGCCCCCGCUUCUGCUUGCGGGUCUCAUGGCUCUGCUGCCCUUCCUCUUGACUAUAAUGGCAAAGUACGAGGGCCAUGUCCAAUACAGCAGCAUCUCCCUCUCGGUCAUGGCCAAGUACUUCUUCUUCCUCGUCAUCAACGUGCUGCUCAUCUCAACGCUUUCGGGUGGGGUCCUCAAGACACUCAAUGAGCUCAACAAAGAAGGAUUCAAUUUCAAAUCGCUCAUCUCUCGUUUCUCAGAGAAGCUCCCCAACGCUUCGACGUUCUUCAUUACGUACGUGCUCCUUCGUGGAUUUACAGGACCAGCUCUGGAGCUCUUGCAGAUCGUGCCACUACUACUCAAUUUCAUGUUCACCCAAUUGCUCGCCAAGAGUCCACGCCAGAUUUGGGGUGUCCAAGGCAGCCUCGAGUCUGUCAACUAUGGCACCCUCUUUCCACCCCAGACGCUCAUGUUCUGUAUCGGGAUCUUGUACUCGACCAUUGCGCCGCUGAUCCUGCCCUUCGUGGCCUUUUACUUUACGAUGUUCUACUUUGUGUACCGCCACCAAUUUCUGUACGUCUACCACCAGCCGAUCGAGACAGGUGGGCUUGCGUUCCCAAAGGCGGUCAAGCAAGUCUAUACGGGGAUCUUUAUUUCGCUCAUCACCCUUUUCGGUAUUUUCCUGAUGAAGCAGGGCUCCUCGGCGGUGCCUCAGCUGGUACUGCUUGUCAUUUUGAUCGUCGCCACUGCCCUCUCGCUGAGCAAUAUGAACGAGGCAUUUAAUCCUCUGGUGACCUAUCUGCCGGUUGCCCUGUUUUCUAAGGAUCUCCACGUCGACAGGCAUGGUGUGGUCACGGAGGGAGACGAAGCACAUGAGAGUGUGAAGCAGCCGGACGAGGAGCAGGUGGAGCCAGAGGACGGAGGCAUUAUGCACAUGAAAAACCUUUCGCAGAAGAACCUCACCUCGAAGCAGAUCCCAAUGCCAGAGGACAACCAGUCUCGGUUUGUUCUGAACAAGCAGCUGUACCACGACGGCGACGACUACCACGACAACCAUAACGACGAUCAUGAUCACGACCAUGACCACGUUUUACCUUCGCAAGACGACACUUUUUCAAAUUCGAGACAAUCCUUUCGCCAUCGUCAUCCAUACCACCUUGAGAACUCAUUGUCUUUUGAUGAUUCGAAAUUCCUCGUGCCUAGGCCGAGUCCACGGUAUGGGGAGCUACGCAAGCCUGACCGAACCACGCCUCGUUAUAACAGUAGCCCGAUUCUUGCUCGACCAAGGUCAUUCAUGGACCGAGCACCUUCAUUCAACAACGGUAGCAGACCUGUCUCGUUUGUGGACCGGCCAGCGACUUUCAGGGCGGAGCGUGUAAUACACGAAGAGCCAGAGCAGUUGUCAGAGCACAGCCCAGCAGGCGUGGAGCUGGAAUACCUACAGGAUCAGGCAUAUUGCCACCCAUCGACUUAUGAUGUCCAGAAGCCGGUGUGGCUGCCGAUAGAUGAGCGAGGACUUGCACAGGCAGAGAUUGAUUGGCUGAGGAGUCGGGGGAUCGUUGUGGCCACAGAUGGCGCGGUUCUGGAUUCGGCCAGGGCAAAGGCGAAGGUUGCGGGUAUUAUCUAUGCCCCUGGCGACGAGACACGGUACCGCUUGGAACGUGGCGAGUAGAGUUGGGCGCCAUCUAGCAUUUGUUACUUCAUUGCUCAUGUACAGAAUAUUCAGCUAUUAUCCCCCUGUAGCAUAGUUACACAAAAGAAAAGCCAUUGUUUUCAACAUCAUCAAAA